AUGGCAGUAUUUGAAAAUGUAUCGCUACAAGGCAAUGGCGAAACAACUGCAAGCAGCAAUAGUACUCCUUCUCAAGAAGAGUGCUUUGGUCUUCCAACACAAGUUAAUAUCGCGUUACACGUUUUCACGCUCUUUGCAUCCUUGAUGGGAAAUUCCCUUCUAAUCACUGCUUUUGUUAGAAUGAAAGAAAAAGUAAUCCUAGUGAUCGCUAACAUGGCUGCAUCAGACCUUCUGGUAGUAAUCUUUCUACUUCCUCGCUUCAUUGUAGCGGAGGCGCUCAGGUCUAAUGUUUUUCUUAUCCACGGAGGAGGGGGCACAUUUUUGUGCAAGGUGUGCAGCUUCUUCAGCGACAUGUCGUUGUCGGUGUCAACUCUAAGUUUGGUCGUGAUCGCGGUUGAGCGCUUUCUAGCUGUGGUGUACCCUCUUCUGUAUAUGAAAACCUCUGGCAAGAGACGUCGUCUUCUCGUAGCUUCAACUUGGAUCUUGGCCGCAGCAUUUCACUUGCCGUACUUUUACACUUUUCGACUGGUGAGAGAAGUCGAUAAUCAAGGUUAUGACUAUCAUGUCUGUCAAUCAAGCUGGGAACCAGCUUUCAAUGACCAGUCUGCGCGUCGUCGCUACAACAUCUUUCUCUAUACAACCGUUUUGAUUAUACCAUUGCUCGUUAUUUCUGUUUUGCACAUUACUGUCGCUUUUCAUCUUCGAAAGGACAAAAUGAGUUCAUGUCGAAACGAGAACGGAACAAAACGGAUUCGAAAACGCACCCGGAGCCUACUCAUGAUGGCCAUUUCUACUGUUACAGCAUUUCUGAUCUGUUGGACGCUCCAAAUCGCUACAACUUUCGUCUCCCUCUUUUCACCCGGGUUGUUUCGAAAGUGCAGCAAAAUGUUCACGGUCGUGUAUUCUCUCUCGCACAUUUUGGCAAGUUGCUAUUGCGCAAUCAAUCCCUGGAUAUGCCUCUUCUUAAUUCCAAGGCUUUUUCGCGAAUUGAAAAUUAUGGUGCAUAGAAGAACAUUUCGGCAGUAUGCAAUGAAGGGCCAAAAAAUGGGGUCUGAGACCGAAAGUAGUAAUGUCCGGCUUCGAUUUGAGAGUCGCACGUGUUCAUUCACACCUAAUGGCGAUAAUCACGAAAAAUCGACCGAAAGAAGUUACUGA